UCCAGGAAUACCAGAUAUAGUGAAUGCGCGGUCCGGGGAGACCAGAUAUAGUGAAUGCAGGGUCCGGGGAGACCAGAUAUAGUGAAUGCAGGGUCCAGGGAGACCAGAUAUAGUGAAUGCAGGGUCCAGGGAGACCAGAUAUAGUGAAUGCAGGGUCCGGGGAGAGGGGAUAUAGUGAAUACAGGGUCCUGGGAGACCGGAUAUAGUGAAUGCGGGGUCCGAGGAGACCAGAUAUAGUGAAUGCAGGGUCCGCGGACCCUGCAUUCACUAUAUCCAGUCUCCCCGGACCCUGCAUUCACUAUAGCUGGUCUCCCCGGACCCUGCAUUUACUAUAUCCGGUCUCCCCGGACCCUGCGUUCACUAUAUCUGGUCUCCCCGGACCCCACAUUCACUAUAUCUGGUCUCCUCGGACCCUGCAUUCACUAUAUCCGUUCUCCCGGGACCCUGCAUUCACUAUAUCUGCUCUCCCACAGUACACACAACAU